UCAGAGGACAGUUGGUAAGACGCACAGAAGACUUCAUACUGAAGAAAAUGAUUUGGACCUACAUGAUCAUCACAUCUCUGGCAACAACAGCGCUUUCAAAAGGUUCUCUUGAAUGCAACUUAACUAAUCCUACUCCAACAACCAAACAGUGUUUGGGGAAACUUGGGGCACCACUGAUUUUUUACCUACCAACUUCAACUAAAUUUACUUACUUACUUUACUUACUAAAACGUGGCAAUGUCAUUGACACAAACAACAAUGGAACAUUGAAGCUCAACAAGGCAUCAAGGGAAGAUUCUGGAGAUUACCUGCUGGAAACAUUUAAUUCCACUUCUGGUCAACGUUUGAAUGAAAUCAGAAUCCAUGUAGAAAUACAAGCUCCUGUGUCUAAACUAGCUGUGUCUCAGACAUGUUUGUCACCAGAACAGAUGAAGGUCAGCUGCUCCUCUGAGGGAGAUGGAGCAGAGAUCAUUUUACAUUUGGACAAUAACUCACUGAUACACAGCAGAGCUACAGCAAAACACAACGUCUCAAAUGUUACUGUCAGUUUACACGGUCAGCUGACAGGAAACCUGACGUGUGAUGCUCAAAACAACAUCAGUAGAGAACAAACAGUCAUCCAGCUCACAAGCUGUUCCACUUCAGGUAAUAAUUGUCCCGUGCUUCUUGUGACUGUGGCUGUGAGAGCAAGUGCUGCUGCUCUUCUGCUCCUUUUGUCUCUGUCUCUUGUUCUCAGUUUCAGAUACUUAAAGUCAAGAAGAUCCAUGACAGUUAAGUAUGAUGUCGCUAAAGAUGAAAUCGCCUACUCAGACAAAUGAGGAAGAACAAGACCCCAUUCACGUCAGUAUGUAACUUCAUUUUCUCCUACAACUUCAUCCAGACAGCUUCCAAAUCAGAUGUUUUCAUGAUCAAAUGAAGAAAUAAUACUAUGGUUGCAUACUGACUGCUGUUGAGAGGAUUUGGACUGCUCCUCCUUUAGCAGUAGUCGAUGCAUUUUCAAAUGACUGCACAUCGCAAGAGUACUUUUGUUUUAUUUCAGGACUGACAUACUGCACGUCACGGUAGAAUGUGUUUCAUCUUUGGUGAAGUAUUUUUACACACUGCUUGUUUGCUGCAACGACCCAUUGGGCUCCUCACCAUCACACGAUCAGAGACUAGUCGACUUCCUGCUAAAUGUGUCACGGCGCAGUAGUAAAGCCGACUAGUCAGUACAAGUCCUAUUAGGUACACCUUGCUACUGGGCUGGAUACCAGCAGUACUCAGCUAGUCUGUGGCAGAGUUGGUGCUGCAUAUCUUUGCUUUUACAAGUGGGUAUUUGGGUUGCUGUUGUCUUUCUGCUAGCUCGAGGCAUAUGGCCUCAAUUUGCUGACUUGAAUCCAUUCUAAAUAAGUUUUUGUGUUUACAUCUUGUGACAAAAUUAGUCAAUCAUCUGCUCACACACCAUAUUGCCAAAAGUAUUCGCUCACCUGCCUUAACAUGAAUAUGAACUUAAUCCAUAGAUUUAAUCAGAUUACAUUUACAGAUAAUGUUAUACAUAGAUAACAUUUGUCAGGUCAGACAAUGAUGUUGGACAAGAAGGCCUGGCUCACAGUCUUUGCUCUAAUUCAUCCCUAAUUCAUCCCUAUCAGGCCAAGGUCAGGACUCUGUGCAGGGCAGUUAAGUUCUUCCACACCAAACUCGCUCACCAUGUCUUUAUGGACCUCGCUUUGUGCACUGGUGCCAGGCACCAUAGAAUGCACCAGUGUGUCAUGUUGCAACAGGAAUGGGCCAUCCCCAAACUGUUCCCACAAAGUUGGGAGAAUGGAAUUGUCCAAUAUCUCCUUUCACUGGAACUAAGGGACCAAGCCCAGCUCCUGAAAACCAACCUCGCACCAUAAUCCAACAUAGUCAAACUGCAGAGGUCGUGGGAUCGUUGAGGGCACAUUCUAUAAAUUGUAGUUCUAUGCUGAUGCACCGACCCACCAGAGGUAUUACGUCAUCAAUCUGACCAGCCAAUCAUAGUGAAUUACGGGCAGUGAUGCGCUUUCUUACCCCCCUCCUUGUUUAUGUGUGCAGCAGUAGCCGCAUGGAGAGCCAUGGCUGAAAGCCAAAUGCAGUUGGUCACUGAAAAAAAAUUCCACUUCCAUUAUAUGGAAUUGGUUUGGAUUUUCCUCAACUGAUGAAGCGCAGGCAAAUGUUUUGUGCAAAGUUCGCACAGAACAGGUUCGCACGUCAGGUGGCAACACAACAAACCUGUAGGCAAAACAGCGACUAUUUAAAAUAAAAUCUGUUAAGAAAGGUUCUUUGGACUAAAUUGUCUGUUUUUCACUUUUCAAUUUAAGACUGUGAUAAAAUCAAAAUCGCGAUUUUAUUUUUAAAAAAUUGUGAUAUGAUAUUUUUGCAUUAUCGCCCACCCCUACGCCAUACCCAGAUUCAUCCAUCGGAUUGCCAGAUGGAGAAGCAUGAUUCGUCACUCCAGAGAAUGACUCUACUGCUCUAGAGUCCAGUGGUGGCACUUUACAGAUUAAAUUUAAGGUCUGCUUCAUACGGUAUAUACCUGUUUUAUAAUGUGUUUGUUCACUGGCAGAGGAUGACAAAUAGCCACUUCCUUGAUUCAUACAUGAAACAGAAAGAGGAAACUGUUCAGAGGUUUGUCUACAACAACCCAAAAGAAGACCACACUCUGAAUGCAGCAAAUGCUAACUAAACUCACAUGUCUGAAAGGCCACUUGUGAAACCAGGACCUUUACAGUUCAACCUAUUCUGAACACAACGUGAACAUUAAGUUUCAAUGGUUGGUUGAUUGGACUACAGUAGAAACAUGAAUCUUUUAAAAUUGCAGAAUAUUUUUCUUUGAUGCAUUUAAUUGCAAAGUUAUUCAACUGAACAAAGCAUUGGCUGUCAGUAGAUUUGUAAAGUUUUGUAAUCAUGUGUGGCUUAAUGUCGAAUUUGUAAAUAAAUAUUCUAUGUAAUAAAGAAAUGUGCUUA